AUGAUGAUGAUGAUGGUGUGAAAAAGAUAGAUUGAAGAUGAUCAUUAUUAGCUAAUUAUAAUUAACUAUAAUAAGAAAUUAAGACAUUCUAAACUAGCUGAGCAAGUAGUUCUACAGAGGGGCGUUGAUGCCAAAGUGAGAUAUUAUAUAUAUAAUCUCUCAAUUAUGGUAUAUAUACUAAAAUCCAAUCACUUUGUUGUCAAAUUUGGGUGAUAGAUUCGAUUUCAUCGAUAGAUUAUUAGGGUUUUUGAUUUUUUUUGUCUCCACACUAUAUAGCCCAUAUCAUCCCUUAUACAAUUAUCUUUAUAUAAAUAUAUAUAAAUAGCCCAUGUCUCCUUUUUCCUUUUCAGUUUCAUCAUUCCCACAUACCCAACUCUCCCUAUCAUCAAAAAAUAUCAUCAUCAUCACAUCUAUCUGUUUAAAUAUCUUAAAAUGUGUUAUUAGAGAAAAAAACACUUGUACCCAUGGCUACUGAGCUUGGUCUUCUCUCCUUGACCCACCUCCACAACUUGGCUCAAUCACAAGACAACCAAAAUCAAGAUCAAGAUCACUAUCAUCAAUUAAACCCUAAUACCCUAACCCCAACUACUACUACUACUACCACUCCUUCUUGGAUGUGGAACCCUAAACACCAUCAAGAACCUCAUGAGGAUGACUCAUGGGAAGUCAGGGCGUUUGCCGAGGACACCGGCAACGUCAUGGGGACCACGUGGCCGCCGAGAUCCUACACCUGUGCUUUUUGCAGGAGAGAAUUCCGGUCAGCACAGGCACUCGGCGGCCACAUGAAUGUCCACCGCCGAGACCGCGCUAGACUUCACCAAGUCCUACCUCCAUCAAAUUCUAUAACUAACCACCACCACCAGCAUCAUCCUGGUGGUGGUGGUGUAUCUGGAGCAGCAGCCACUGGUACUGUCGUGGCUGCUUCUUCUUUCUUAAUCCCUACAGGAGAAUUUGUCUCCUCUACCGCCACCAAUGGAGGAGGCAACGGUAGCGGAUUAUGUCUUCUCUACCAAUUACCAAACUCUAAUUACAACGGUGCCGGCGCCGGCUCCGGCACUUACAUUUCAAGUACAAAUGCAUGCAGUAGUGAUGAUAAUCAUUAUCAGCACCGAACUCAUCUUUCUAUCUCUCCUAAUCAAGGCGGAGCCGCCGGGUCACGGCCGAUGAUCGGAGGUAGUAGUAGUAGUAAUUAUAUGAUGAAUAAUGCUUAUCCUAAUAAUCAGUCAUGGGCUGUUGCUGCUGAAGAUCAUGAUGAUCAUAAUAACAAUGAAAAAGAAGAAGAAGAACUCGAUCUGGAGCUUAGGCUAGGGCAUGGCCCAACCUCAUCUAACUAACAAAGACAACAACAAAAAAGUUAUUUUUGGGUAAUUAAUUAUUUUUAUUUUACAAUUUCAUCAUAUAUAUUGUUUUUGUUCAUUAACAUUAUAUAAUUAAUAAGAUACAAUAUAUUAUUUUUAUUCCAUAAGAUUAUUUCCUUUUGUUUUUUUUUUUUUUUUCUGCUAAUGGUUAAUAAUUUGAACAUGGUUUUUCAACCUUUUAUUUAUUUUAAUUUAUUUUAUAUUUUUGGAGUGGUGUGAUAAAGGUGUGCAGUGCAGUGUCAUUAUCUAUUACAGAUUUCAGAUCAGUGAAGAAAUGAAAAGAAAUAAAGAUUGAAUUUUUAUUUUAUAGGGUUUUGUGUUUGUGUUUGUGUGGGCAUAUAUUUCCGUGGGGAUUAUUACAAUUAUUACGUAACCUCUCUGUUUCAUAAAAUUACCAAAAUGCCACUCUCUCUCUCUCUUUCUCUCUCUCUCAUCGAAAUUAGUGUUUCUUUUUGCCUGCUCAUUUAUGGCCAAUACCCAAAUACAUACAAACCACAGAAAUCAAAGGCAUUUAAUUCAUUCAGAGAUAUAUCAUGUAUAUAUAUAUAUAUUGUAUGUAUCGAUCCUCUCAUAUAUUGUCUAAUUAAUUUUCAUUUAUUGAUCAUCAUAGUCACUACACCUCGACAAAUAUACUUCCUUUCCUUCUUUAAUUCUACACUACUUUUCAGUUUUGUUUUAUUAACCAUAUAUAGAUAAACAAAAAUUAUUAAUUUUUAUAAUAAAUCUGUAAUUUUAUAUAUCCUCGUACGUAAUUUUACUCAUGUGAUAUUUAGAAUUUUACACUGUUUGUUCUUUUUGUAGCUAUAAACAUUACUAUAGUGAUGUUGAGAAACAUUACAUAAUAGUAAUUAAAGUAAUAUAUAUACUAAUUUUUGGACUGGUUAUUUGCGCUUAUGAAUAUUAAAAUAUUG